AGAGGUGACGUUGCUACUCGAAAUAAGAGAACCAGGUUCUUUUGUUCGACAGGUAUUGAAAUUGUGCACAAGACGCUAUGUCGGCGCCGGCGAGUGGUGCGGAGCAGGCGCGGCUUGGCCGCCUCAAGCCGACAGACUAGCAAGGACCGGCUGCGACAAGAGGAAGAAGGCCCCUCGCUCUCGGGCCUAUGCUGUCUUCCGCGGCUACCGGUGUUCUGUGAUUAGUAAUCCAGUGACUCGGUGUGUCUCUUUCUCCAGGGUUCAGGAACUGAGCCCUAAUGGCUGAGGUGAAGGUGAAGGUGCAGCCGCCCGACGCGGAUCCGGUCGAAAUAGAAAACAGGAUUAUAGAACUAUGCCAUCAAUUUCCUCAUGGAAUCACAGACCAAGUAAUUCAGAAUGAAAUGCCUCAUAUAGAAGCCCAACAACGGGCAGUGGCCAUCAAUAGACUGUUGUCCAUGGGUCAGUUGGAUCUCUUAAGGAGCAAUACAGGCCUUUUGUACAGAAUAAAGGACUCUCAGAAUGCUGGCUCUGUCUCAUUCUUUUUAAGUAAAAUGAAGGGAUCAGACAACCAAGAAAAACUAGUAUAUCAAAUUAUAGAGGAUGCAGGAAAUAAAGGAAUAUGGAGCAGAGAUAUUCGAUAUAAAAGUAACUUACCAUUAACAGAAAUCAACAAAAUUCUAAAGAAUUUGGAAAGUAAAAAGCUUAUCAAAGCUGUUAAGUCUGUAGCAGCCUCCAAAAAGAAAGUAUAUAUGCUCUAUAACCUGCAGCCGGACCGGUCUGUGACUGGUGGAGCCUGGUACAGUGACCAGGAUUUUGAAUCUGAAUUUGUAGAAGUACUUAACCAACAGUGUUUUAAAUUCCUACAAACCAAGGCAGAAACAGCACGAGAAAGCAAACAGAAUCCAAUGAUACAAAGAAAUAGUUCAUUUGCUUCAUCACAUGAAGUAUGGAAAUAUAUCUGUGAACUGGGAAUAAGCAAGGUAGAGUUGUCCAUGGAAGACAUUGAAACCAUCUUGAAUACACUUAUUUAUGAUGGGAAAGUGGAGAUGACUAUCAUUGCUGCAAAAGAAGGCACAGUUGGCAGUAUAGACGGACAUAUGAAACUGUACAGGGCAGUCAAUCCAAUCAUCCCACCCACAGGUUUAGUCCGAGCACCCUGCGGGCUCUGCCCAGUUUUUGAUGACUGCCAUGAAGGUGGUGAGAUUUCACCAUCUAACUGUAUUUACAUGACAGAAUGGCUCGAAUUUUGAUGGAGAAUGAUAAAUUCUACUGACAUUAUACAAAUGAAGUUGCUUGGAGACCAAAUAAUUUAAUUCAUGAUGGAACAUCAAAUUUCCUUGAAAGCAGAUUCACAGUAAUGGAUACAGACUUGCUGCUAUGAAAACCUGUUUUUUUAUUUAUAAAGACUAAAUUUAUAUUGGUAGAGAGGCCAUCAGAAUAUGAAACAGAUGAGGUUAGAAGUGAAAUCUGUUCUUCUAUAAAUAAAAAAAUUGAAGCCCUGGAGAACAACAUCUUUUGAAGUUUUCAAGACUUUUGAUGGAUCAAGGAAAAAGAAACAACAAACCCUUAUUUGCCAAGUACUAUGGAAAUAGCUAGAGCACAAAUAUUCAUUUUUAAAGUUAUUUAUUAAGGUCUUCGUUAAAAAAUUUUUACGUUUAGCUCAUUACCACCAUUUUUGUUUCCUGUUUUCUCAGUAGUUUCAUUGAGAAGAAAUUAAAAAUGGUGAAGACAGUAACAGCACAAGAGUAUAUGAAAUCUUGAAGAARCAUUAAGUGAGGGAGAGUAGGACAUUCCUUUUCUACACACUAUUGAUUCCUUCCUAUAUCAGUAAUAUUCUUUUGAAGGAUUGUGCUACCAUACCUCAAACCCAAAGGAUGAAUAUUGUCAAGGAUGUUUCAGUGCGUAAAUAUUAUCAUUUUCAUCAUAAAGGGAAUAUCUUYACUUUUCCUUUGUUAAAGUCUUACAAGCUUCAUUAUGUGGCUCAAGUGUAUUCUUCACCAGAAUUUCCCUGGAUUCUUAUAUGAUGUCUACAGUGUUUAUGUGUCUGAACUCUCCCAUCCCUGCAGAUUCAGAUGUUAAAAUCUAAUGCACAAUGUGAUGGUAUUUGAGGCCUUUGGAAGGUAAUAGUUUGAGGAUGGAAUACUCAAGAAGGGAAUGUGUGCCCUUUUAAAAGAACCUAGAGAGCUCUUAUUGUACCUUCUGCCCUGUGAGUACACAGGGAGAAGACAACCAUUGGUGAACCAGGAAGUGGUCCUCACCAGACACCAAAUUUGCCAGUGCCUUGAUCUUGGAUAUCUUGGGCUACAGAAUUGUGAGAAAUAAAUUUGUUGUUGAUAAAACCCAAGUCUGUAGUAUUCUGUAUAACACACAGAAGGGAUUAAGACAAUGUGUAUCCAUUUAACUAGAACUGAAACCAAAAAAAAA